CCAUCAUCCAUCCACCAGCGAAUAAUUAAAAAAAAGAGAGAAGAAAUGGUCCUGCUGCCGCGCUGCCCCGCGCCAGCGCCAUUAUAGCCCGGGGCACCCCCGGAAUCCGCGGCGCGCCCACGCCUUCCGUCCUCUCUCCCGCCACAAAGCGCCGGACCCCCCGCGCCGCCCCAGCCUCCUCCCUCCGCACGUCCGUCCAGCGCACCCCCUCUACCGGAGCCAAGGGAGCGGAGGCGGGCCGGCGGGCGGGCGGCCGGCCGGCCAUGGACGUCGACUGCGUCUCGCUGCCCGACGCCGCCGCGCCCGCGGCCGACAUGGAUGGCGCCGUCGCCGCAGCUGCAGCCGCCCGGCCCUGGCCUAAGGCCGCCGCCAACGGAGGCGUCCACGAGCUGCUCGAGUGCCCCGUCUGCACCAACUCCAUGUUCCCGCCGAUCCACCAGUGCCAAAAUGGACAUACGUUGUGUUCCACAUGCAAGGCUAGAGUACACAACCGUUGCCCUACCUGUAGACAAGAGCUUGGAGAUAUCAGGUGUUUGGCACUGGAGAAAGUUGCGGAGUCGCUUGAGCUUCCCUGCAAGUACUACACUCUGGGGUGCCCAGAAAUCUUCCCAUACUACAGCAAGAUAAAACACGAAGCGCAAUGCAGCUUAAGACCAUACAAUUGCCCCUACGCUGGUUCUGAGUGUGCCGCAGCUGGUGACAUUCCUUAUCUUGUUUCCCAUUUGAGGGAUGAUCACAAAGUUGAUAUGCAUAGUGGCUGCACAUUCAACCACAGAUAUGUCAAAUCGAACCCACGAGAAGUUGAAAACGCCACCUGGAUGCUAACGGUGUUUCACUGCUUCGGGCAGUACUUCUGCCUGCACUUUGAGGCGUUCCAGCUUGGGAUGGCACCUGUAUACAUGGCCUUCCUCCGUUUCAUGGGGGACGAGAACGAGGCGAAGAACUACAGCUACAGCCUUGAGGUUGGUGCCAAUGGGAGGAAGAUGGUCUGGGAGGGCACCCCUAGGAGCGUCCGCGACAGCCACCGGAAGGUGCGGGACAGCCACGACGGCCUCAUCAUCCAGAGGAACAUGGCGCUGUUCUUCUCUGGUGGUGACCGGAAGGAGCUGAAGCUCAGGAUCACUGGUCGCAUCUGGAAAGAGCAGCAGACCCCAGACGGCGCCUGUAUUCCCAAUCUGUGUAGCUAAGCGAUUGCAAAGGAAAUGGCGCUGAAUUGGCUGGAUAUGGUGCAUACAAUCCUGCUGCCAUACCUUGCUAUUCUUCUAAUCGUGAUUGGGGGGCAAAUCUCUCAGUGUUGUGUCUUGGCUAAAAAGGAUAUUAGGAGGAUAGGAUGCUCCUGUAAAUGAAAUUGUGUAUAUGGCAUCCCUUAAUUAUCUCACAGUACAGAUGGGCUGAUCAAGCUCUCUGCUGCCUGACAAAGUUGUGUUUUCAUCGUGAAAGUGCAUUUUUUGCUUUGCAUUUGACAGCAGUCCCACCAGAGGGGUGUUUGGCGCGAAAGUUGUGCAUCUUGUUGUAGAAAGUGGUGCCGAGAAGCAGACAGGCAUUGCAAACAUGAAGAAGGUGUGGUUACUACCUGUUA